AUGACAUUUCGUCGAUCACAUCCCAAUCAAAUAUUUCGUAAGCCAGCGUCUAAUCGGGAAUUGGAACUGGAGCAGGUAAAUCAAGCUUUGAGAGAUGAAUUAUCUAACGAAAUUUCAAUCAAUAAAUCGAAUGAAAAAUAUAUAAAGGAUCUGGAGCAUAAAUAUAUCAGAUGUGAGAAAGAAAUCCAAUCUCUCAAGAAAGAACUGGAACGGCUUGAAAAUGUUUCAGAGGAAGAAAAGGCGGAGUUGAGAUCGGAAAUAUCAUUCCUUAGAAAAAGCUUAUAUCAAGCUAAAAAGGAG